AGAGAUUAUCUUCCGUGUUACAUGUGAUAUUAUUCCGUACAUUCUGUGGGAUAACUAGAUCGUGUUUAAAUGUGCAGGUCCAAGCAUGAAGCUUUUACUGAUUUUACUUACUAUAGUCUGCGGAAAUAGACCUCUUGUGGCAGAUAUACUUGGCUGCCGUGUGGUAGAAGGAAAGAAUGCGGAGCCCGGUAGUUGGCCGUGGAUGGUUAGUAUUCAGGAGCCAUAUAAAGAUACUUAUGUUCAUCUAUGUGGAGGUGUCAUCUUGGAUGACUUGUGGGUGCUCACAGCUGCCCAUUGUUUCAUAUAUCGUGACAAAGAAUAUAGUUCCUGGAGGCUUGUGUUUGGCGCCACCAAACUGUCAAAUGUGGGGAUAAAAGCCCAGAUACGAACUAUACAACAAAAGAUUCAACAUAAGGACUACAUCCCUGAAUCUGAACAAAAUGACAUUGUCUUGCUGAGACUCAAUAAGGCAAUCAUAUUUGAUGACUACACUCAGCCUGCGUGCCUUCCUGCCAAACAAGAGGUUCUGGGGAAGAUGACCGGUUGCUACAUUGCAGGUUGGGGUGUCAUUAAAGAAACAUCCACUGAACCAUCGAAUAUCCUUCAGGAAGCUCCGGUGAAUCUGAUUCCAGUUGAGCAUUGCAAUAGCCCAAACAUGUACAAUGGUGCUGUGGGUGACUACAACCUGUGUGCAGGAUAUGAACAGGGAGGUAUCGAUAGUUGCCAGGGUGACGGCGGAGGGCCUUUGAUGUGCAAACAAAACAAAGCAAAGUUCUAUACUGUGGUUGGCAUAGCUAGCUGGGGCUCUGGCUGUGGUCAGAAGCAAAGACCUGGAGUUUACACCUCUACCCAGUAUUACCUCGAGUGGAUCUCUGAGCAUAUGUCCAAUGACGCUACAGCCAAGGCUAGGAAAAAGAAGCCUGUGAACAAAAUCAUCUGGUCAAAGGUAGCUGAAAAACUCCGCAAGGCUGGCAUCUUUAACUAGUUCUUGGUAAAAUGCUCCAGAAGUAGGAAGAAACUGAUACUGUUACAUGUUAUAAUUCAUUGGUGAUCUGUAUGGUUUGACAAAACAAUAAAUAUGCAUCAAUAA